AUGGUCAUUGCACAUACUGCAGUUGAGUUAGCACAAAUUAAAAAACUUCUACAUGCUGUACGAACAUCGAACUAUGAUCAAAUACGACGUAUUUGUGAAAAAGGUCUAAAUGGAGUUAUAAAUUAUAAUGAUCCAACUGAUGGUGAAACACCAUUAUUAGUUGCUGUAAAGAGAAAUGAUGAAAUUAUGAUACAAUUUCUUCUUGAUCUUCAUGCACACCCAGAUAUUACUGAUUUUAAGGUGUGA